GCAGCGAAGACAUCUUUGCAUUCUCUGCCAAGACUGGGUAAAUAAAGACAGCUCACCUGUGGCAACGACACAGCGAGUGUGCUUUUUAAGCUGCGGGGCGGCCCUCGUGGCCGGGAUGCCGCUGUGUGCCGUGCCAGUCCGCUGUGGACGGUGACGGGCCGGAGGAAGGAACUGAGUGCCGGAGACUGAGAGGAAGCAGCCCCCACCAAACGGGAGAGAUGAAUCUCUGCUGGAAUGAGAUCAAACGCAAGUCCCACAACAUUCGGGCACGGCUCGAAGCCUUCUCCGACAACAGCGGGAAGCUGCAGCUCUCUCUGCAGGAGAUCAUCGAAUGGCUGACAGCCAAGGACGAGGAGUUAUCGGAGCAGCUGCCCAUAGGAGGCGACGUGGGGGCCGUCCAGCACCAGAGAGAGUUCCACCAGGCAUUUAUGGAGGAUGUCAAGUCUCGUGGGCCCUUCAUCUACUCGGUUUUGGAGUCUGCCCAGGCCUUUCUGGCUCAGCACCCCUUCCAGGAGCCCGAGGAGACCCUGACCGAUGGAAAAGAGGUUUCUCCACGACGGCGGAUUUUGAAUGUGAGCCGAUCUGUGUGGAAGCAGGCGAACGUUGCCAGCGACCUGUGGGAAAAACUGACAGCUCGCUGUGUAGAUCGCCACAGGCACAUGGAGAGGACACUGGAGCGCCUUUUGCAAAUCCAGGCAGCCAUGGAGGAGCUGGCGGGGGCCCUGGAGCAGGCAGAGGGUGUGAGAGAUGCCUGGGAGCCUGUUGGCGACCUCUUCAUAGACUCUCUGCAGGAUCACAUUGACGCCACCAAGUUAUUCAAGGAGGAACUCUCGCAAGUGAAGGAGGGCAUGAAGCAGGUCAAUGAGUUAGCCCACCAGCUGGCCAUCUCGGAUGUCCAUUUGUCGAUGGAUAACGCUCGUGCCCUGGAGCAUCUCAACAGCAGAUGGAAAGUGCUUCAGGGCUCCAUAGAGGAGCGGCUGAAGCAGCUCCAGGAUGCACACAGAGACUUUGGCCCUGGAUCGCAGCACUUCCUCUCCAGUUCAGUGCAGAUACCAUGGGAGCGCGCCAUCUCCCCAAACAAAGUGCCCUACUAUAUUAACCAUCAGGCCCAGACAACAUGCUGGGACCAUCCAAAGAUGACAGAGCUAUACCAAGCGCUGGCGGAUCUGAACAACAUCAAGUUCUCUGCAUACAGAACAGCCAUGAAGCUCCGGCGGGUUCAGAAGGCUCUCAGACUGGAUCUGGUGGCGCUGAGCAGCCUGGUGGACGUGUUUCGGGAACAGGAGCUGCAGCAGGGGGAGCACGUGAUGGAUGUGGUGGAGGUGAUUCACGGCCUGACAGCCAUGUACGAGCGGCUGGAGGAGCAGAGGUCCGUUCUGGUCAACAUUCCUCUCUGCGUCGAUAUGUGCCUCAACUGGCUGCUCAACGUUUAUGACAGUGCUCGAAACGGCAAAAUGCGUGUUCUCAGCUUCAAGAUGGGCCUGGUGAGCUUGUGCAACGCGGACGUCCAAGAGAAGUACAAAUACUUGUUCCGUCAGGUGUCUGGUCCUGGAGCUCUGACAGACCAGCGUCACCUCAGCCUGCUGCUACACGAAGCCAUCCAGAUACCCCGCCAACUGGGUGAAGUCGCAGCUUUCGGCGGCAGCAACGUGGAGCCAAGCGUUCGGAGCUGCUUCCGCAUGGCCCCUGGGAAACCUGCCAUUGAGGUGUCUCAUUUCCUGGAAUGGAUGAGCCUCGAGCCCCAGUCGAUGGUUUGGCUGCCCGUCCUCCACCGUGUAGCUGCUGCAGAGUCCACCAAGCAUCAGGCCAAAUGCUAUGUCUGCAAACAAUGCCCCAUCAAGGGCUUCAGGUAUCGCAGUCUGAAGCAGUUCAAUGUCGACAUCUGCCAGACAUGUUUUCUAACCGGCCGCACAAGCAAGGGCAAGAAGCUGCACUACCCCAUCAUGGAGUACUACACCCCAACGACCUCGGGAGAGAAGAUGAGGGACUUUGCCAAGACUCUGAAGAACAAGUUCAGGUCAAAGCAGUACUUUACAAAGCACCCGCAGAGAGGUUACCUGCCAGUGCAAUCUGUGCUGGAAGCUGAGAGCUCAGAGACUCCGUGCUCCUCACCCAGGCUGCCCCAUGCAGACACACACAGCAGGAUUGAACACUACGCCAGCAGAUUGGCAGAAAUGGAGAACCAGAAUUGCUCAUUCUUCACAGACAGCCUUUCUCCAGAUGAGAGCCUGGAUGAAGAUCAGUACCUCCUGCGUCACUCCAGCCCUGCCCUGGACCACGAUUCACCCUGCGGGCAGCACAUGCUGUUGGCUCACCUGGAGCAUCAGGACAAGGAGCAGCUCCAAUGCACCCUGGCCCGCCUGGAGAACGAGAACAGGGUGCUGCAGAGCGAGUACAGGCGACUCAAGUGGAAACACGAAGAGGCAGCAGCGCUUCCCAUGCUAACUGAAGCUGGUGAGGGCGGCCCGGGGUCUCCGACAGCAGGGGGGCCGCAGGACGAGGAGCUGCUGGCCGAGGCUCGCGUCCUGCGGCAACACAAAACGCGCCUGGAGACCCGGAUGCAGAUCUUGGAGGACCACAACAAACAGCUGGAGUCCCAGCUGCGCCGGCUCAGGGAGCUACUGCUACAGCCCAAAGAUGAUUCGGAGGCGAAUGGAUCUGAGCUAUCAACGCUGUCCUCUCCAGUGUCGGGAGGGGGUCACCAAGGGGAGCCGCCCAGCAGGGAGACCACUGACACAGAGGCAGCAGGAGACGGUCUGGAACGCGAGCAGGACACAGUGCUGCAGCUUCAGGAGGUCAUCGAACAACUGAGAAACGUCUUCCCCUCAGAACCGGGCACCACAUCACACAUCUAACCCUGUGAGGGGCGUAAAGAAGCGGAAUGACAGCCCGAAAUAAGGCACGAGGUCAGGCGACGACACGUCCAACCCUGCAAACUGCCGCAGCUGCAACAUUGAGAACUAACCCUCGUCCGAAACGCUGUGCACUAAAAGCCUUUCUCAUGCAAACUGCCGAAGGCUCACGCUGAUGCCCUUUUUUGGCCAGGCUGUGCUUCAGAAGUUCAGUGACAGCAUGUUAAGGAGCCAGGAGGAAUAUAUUGUUAGCAGAAGGUCGGGGGGUGGGGAGGGUAUGGGGAACUAAACGUCCAACCAAGACACUGUGCUUACCAGUAUUCGUGUAGUCGUUCAGAGGUGUGAAGCUUUAUAUCAGUCCAGAGCACAAAAUCCAGAGGAAGAACUUGAAAAAUACAAAACUGAAUGGGAAGGGACUCACUUGUGUGUUUUUUUUUUUUUUUUUUUUACGUUUGAAUGUGUUAUCAUGGUUUAUUUUUCCAAUUUUGGGAAAUUGUAUCAAGGCUCUGCUGACUGAUUUCAUAUCACUUAAGAGAUGCAAAUUGGAGCUGAGAGCCCCCAAACGAGUGCAUUUGUUGUUGUUUUGUUGUGAGAAUGGUGCAUCAUCAGUUAAAUCCAUGAUUUAUUAAAGACUGCCCAAAGUGCCCGCCAGCACAGCGCCUCUGUUUGCACACACUGCGCUUCACUUCUCACUCUGCUUGUCGCUCUCAUCGCUUGCCUCUCCUAAGUGAGCCCUUCACACAUAUGCUGCUAUACAAACACCACAUUCAGAUUCCACCUGCAUUCUGCUUAAAUACACAGAGUCUCUGCGCAACCAACGACGCGCGUUGCAAAAACAUGCACCCUACAUACACUUUCAUAAACCUGGAAAUUGAUUUUUUUUUUCUUUUUCAAACGAUUCGGGCAAAUUAGUUUUUUUUUUUUGAGUCAAUUUAUAUUGUUCCUGGAAGUUUCCGUUGCCGAGGAAAUGUAUGCCGAUUAGUAUCAGCAUGCAUGUCUCCUCCCCGGUAUCUUAUUGUUUUCAUGCUGUGUGAAGAGGAAUUGACAGAAGGAGCUCAAGCCUGAAGCGCUCCCUCUCCCUGCUUGGCCAAUUUCAAAAACAACAGGGGUCUAUAUAAGGCUCACCACCAUAAUGCAGUCCUUCAGCAUCAUUAUCCAUAUUAAUCUUUCCAUUCUACGUAGUUUCAAAACACUGAGAACAACGGAUUUUGCGGUUAUUAUUCCCCUUUGAUGGUACAAAUUUAUAUAUAGGAAGAAAAAAUGUGUGAUUGGGAGGGAUGACCUCAAUAUUUACAUGCCUUGUAAAAGUAUUCCUACCCCCUUGAACUUACAUUUUGUAAUGUUACAAACACAAAAGAAAGUGGUUUGAGAUUAUGUUUGAUGGACUACUAUAAAACAUUGCGUAACUGUGAAGGAAAAGGAUAUAUAAGGUGUUCAGGCCUUCUUUUACAAUAAAACAUCAGUAAGCUGUCGCAUGCAGAUGUUCUCAGCCCCUUUUAAACCAAUAACCUUGAAUAAAAUCCAGAACAAUGAAUGGCAGAGGUCCCCUGACUAGUAAAUAGGGUCCAAAUUUAAACCAGUCAGAGGUUAUGGACAGAUGGAGAAAAAGGAAAGCUGUUUGAGGCAGCAAAAGCUUUGAGGGAGGAUAUUAAUCUUCUAGUUGGACAACAGUCCCAGAAACGCUGCCAGAGCUACGAUCAAAUGGUUUGACUCAAAGCAAAUUCGUGCGGCCUUAAGUCUGAAGAUGAAUCCAAAUGAAAAUCUGUGGGACAAACUUUAAAAUCACUGCUCAAAGAUGCUCUCGUUCUGAUCGGACUAAGCUUGAGCUGUUUUACAAAGAAGAAUGUGCAACAAUUUAAGUCUGCAGGUGACAAAGCGAACGACCUGCAGCUGUAAUUGUAGAGAAAAAGGAUGUUGCACGACACUUUGAAUCAAGGGGGGUGAAUACAAAUGCAUGCAACACUUUUCAGAUUAUUUUUUGUGAAAUCAAGUGCCAUUUUCUUUACAAUGACGCACAACUUUGUGUUUGACUUUCACAUCCAAUCGCAUGAAAAUACAAUGAAAGUGUGAAAACGUUAACAGGGUGAGAACACUUUUGCAAGGCAAUGUAAGUUAUGGCAUGCAUUUUCUUGUAAACACUAAAAAUGCCUUAAAUACAGAACUGAAUCCGUAUGACAGAAGUUGGUUUUUCGAAACUUUUUUAUUUUUUUUAUUUUCGUUUUUCAGGAAAAGAAAUUGCAUCAGAUGUUUGCGUGUCAGUCUUUGAAAACGCCCGCUGCUGAUUGAAAGCGAUGGAACAAAAACACGUGAAGUGGGGAUCACAGCGUUGUUGAAUACCCAUUGGUUGAAACAGGUUCACGAGUGGCUCAACCCAUGAGGCCAGGUGUGCUCAGCGGGACUAAAGAUCUGAAAGACAUAAGAGGAGGGUAGAAAAUACUAAAACAAAAAAGAAUUAUUGCAUUUAUCGCUGGAGGGCUGGUGGAAGAGAUCCACUUUGAUGUGCCUGCCAUUGCUGUACGCGGUACCCGGAGUUUACCUGAGAAGGAUGAAGCUUCCGGCUCUCUGUGUUGCUGCAAAAUAAAACCGCCGCAUUCUUCCAGGAGAGACGGAGAGACGUUCGGAUUGAGAAAUUCAUCCCAACUCUGAAGUAGAAGGUGCUCCGACCUCACAAACACGAGUGUGAAACCUGUCUGCUGCAUUCGUUACGUUGUCAGACUGCAGGCUCACGGCACUCACAUUUGACACCGUCCUCCUCAGCGCUUGCUGCCUGUUAGUUUUGAUACCGUUGCUAGGGAACUAUCCCCAAGGACGCAGUACCGCAGGUUUGUGAGAGGGAUAGUUGAUGUGCAGUUCAUAUUACAAAUGCUAAUAGCCUUAAGGGAAGCAGGAGAAAGCUCCUUGUUUCCCAAACACAAGCCACCACGUCUCCACCUCCAUUAGAGCUCGCUGCUGUUUCGCUGCUGAGGACAGUCAUUAUCAUUAACAAGAUCUUUUCUUGUGCAUCAGCACAGCUUCAGAAUCCUUUUUUAUUUAUUUUUUUUCACAGAGGAGAACAAUGGGCAAAAGCUUUGCUCGUGGAGGGGAAAAAGCCAUGGCAAUCUGUGUUUACUCGUUGUAAUUUAUCGCUGGGUAUUUACGCAUCUCAUUAAACGAUGAUUACCCAUCGCACACAUUGUCUCCGUACUCUGGCGAAGAUGCACGAAAACAUGUAGCAAUGACAAACUGUGAAAAAGACGAGGAGGCAUUCACAACAUGUCUGCCGUUAUUUAUCUUAAUAUCAUGCCGACGUGGCAGUCACAUAAAUACAAGGAAUGGAAAUUUAAUGAAGUAACAUUGCUUGUUAGUUCGCUGAGAGUGACUCCGACACACCGAAUCCAGUCGCUGCGGUAUUAAUCAGCCUAAAUGGCUGCUAUAAGGCAGAAAUCAAUCAAUGAGUUACAAAGAUGUUUUAUGCUGCGUUCCAUGCAGCUUGGAAGCUGGAACGUGGAUGCAGGAAUAACGUUUCACCUCAGUUAAUCCCGCUCCAGUUGCACAUUUGCCAAAAGGGAAUGGAUUCUGGUUUCCAUUCUGGUCAGUAGCACCAACACAAAGCUGAAAGAAGACAAAUACUAACCAAGAAGAAGAAGAUAAAUGCAAAAGUUUUUCUCUUUACCGUCAUUACAAUCCGAAAUAAAUAAAAUCCUAAUCCUGGAAAUAUAAAGGAGGACCGAUUUGGCUUAAUGCUACUCAGUAUAUUGGUGCUGUGGCAUCUAAAGCCUGAGAGCCAAAGUGGCGAAUCUGAAUGCAUAAUAAUUCAUAAACUAAACAUUAACAUACAUGAUCGUUCACAUAAAAUUUUAAAUAUAUACCAUAAAUAGAUACAAAGGAGAUAGCUAGUAGUUCAACUCCUCCCAGUUGCAAAGUCCGCAGGUUAACCAUUGCAAACAAUUAAUUUACCUGUCCAGAAGAAAAGCGGCAACCUCCGUGUGGUUUCUGAUCCCCUUUGCUUCUUUAAAUCGGCACCAACACUUUAAAGCUUGACCGAUGUUCACCCUCGUCUAGCUUCUUUUUUGGAUCGCUAGAAUCUGAGGAAUGUAACGCUGAGAUAAAGCCAUUUCUCAGCGCUAUCACGGCGCUACUACGAUCUGGCAACUCCUCAGCUUCGUCUCACAUGACCUCACCCUGUUAUGCUAUGGAGCUAAACCAGUGACAGUUUGCAGUGAUUUGCCAUUGUAAAGUCAAACACUGAAAAAUAAAACACUGAAAAAUCACUUCCAAUGUUAACAAAAAAGAGAUUUGGCAUUGAAAAAUAGACAUUGAAAAAUGAAACAUUGGAAAGUGAAACAUUGAUAGAAAGUAAAAAUUUAUGAUGACCUUCCCAUUUUAUGCUGCAGCUUUUUUUCCUUUUUUAAAUGAGAUGUUUUCAGUGUCACUGCAGAGUUUCUUCAGCUGCAAUGCCACUACAAUCAUUAGGUGUAUAAGCUAAAGAAGAUAAUAUUAAUGAAAAUAAUACCCUGUCUUAUGGUUGAGCAGCGGUACUCAAACCGGAGACUUCCAUAAAUUCACUAGAGGUAGAUGACGAGUACUGCAAUGACAGAAGGCUAAAUUAAAGAAGCCUUCAAUUUAGCCCCACCGCCGACAGCAAAAAAGUGCCAGCUUGUGGUGACAUUGUAGCUGAAGCUUUUUACUUUCUAUGUUUGACAUUUCAUUGUUGGAUUUUUCAAUAUUUGAAUUUUCAGGUUUUUACUUUUCAACGUUUAAUUUUUCAGUGUUUUUUUUUUAUUUUUUUAAGGUAAUUGCAAGUUGUCGCUGAUUUAACCCCAUACUUUUCUUAUUGGAACAGAAUCCUUUUAGGUCGAUGUUGGCAUCAUAACCAGAAGUAAAUACUUAUUAAUUUUGGACCUGUCAAAAUUUACAAAACUAUUAUCUAUAUGCUAUAUUUUUAUUUAUCAGUAAAAUUCAUACUUUUUUCUGCACCACUCCAGACUCUAGGGGAUGUAUUAUUUUUGAAAAAUUUAUAAUUUUGAUGUUGUAGCUAUGACCUUUAAAUGUUUCAUUAUAGAUUAAAUCCAGAGAUAAUUAAAUAUGAACAUAAUUAAAUACGUGCAUUUUUCUUUAUUAUUUAAAGCACAUCUAACUGUUUAUGUAUUUAUUUUGCCAUGACAUAAUCAUGAAUUACCCAAAUACAUUUUUUUUUUUCCUCAGCUCUCAAAGUCGGUGGACGGUGCAAAAGAAUCUCAUAAAUAAGGUGAUUAGUCUGCAGUUGAGUUGUUGUGCAGGUAACCACCCAUAGCUACCGUUUGAAUAUUUCAUGUUGGACAGCACCACAGGAAAUAUUGGGUAAUUUAUACUAAGAUAAUUAGAUAGGACUUUAACACCAUGAAUUCAUGCUUCUGUUGAUGAUUUUAAUGUUUGUUUAAUUUUGAAUUCAUUAAAUUAUUGACAUGUUAAUGUAAUUAGAAAUAUUUUCAUUCAUUUAAGGCGUUGCAAUUUGUCUUGAAUAAUCACAUGUAUUGUUAUUUAAAAGAACUUUAUUGGAUUUUAGCAUUUCUGGCCAUACAAACAUUUUGUACGUACAAAUGAGAGCUGCAUGAUAUUCAGAAAACUGAUUUGCAAUGAGUUGCUUCAAUGUAACACAGACGAUUUCAGUUAUAAUCCACCCACAUUUUCCAGACUUUUCUCUCUUACCCACUACCAUCCUUAAAGAUCUAUAGAUCACUAAGAUCUAUAUCUGGUGUGGGCUUGAAACCCAGUGAAAAUCUACCUAACUUGCAAAAUUAUUGAUAAGUGAAGUAUUAAUGUAUGGUCCCUGAAAUGUAUUUAGGUAUAAAAUACUGCAUUCAGGCACUUCUUUGCCAUUGUUAUAUUGCAAACAUUGCUAUCAGGAUUCAACAUUUCAUGCAGCUCUUAUAAAAGUAACAUAUUGUAUAAACAUGUUUAUUAACACCAGUUAUAUGAAAACCAUCAGAGGUGCAUCUAAACAAGUUUAUUACUGCAGCUAUCACCAAGUGUUAGAGGUGCGGCAGCCAUAUUGGAUUUAGAGGUCUAAGUCGAUGAGCAACGUUUGAUUUUCUUGGAGGGAAUGUGUAUUUAAUGGCCGUUUCCGGUUAGCGUCUCCUACUUAAAACAUGGAAAUUCCAACUUUCAAGUGCAAGAGGAAUGCAGCAUUAGCCUUUUCUCACUUCCUGCUGCAGCUGACUGUACUGCAGCGCUAAAGCUAGCAAAGUCUAUACAUAAAUAAAAACAAUAAGGUAUGUUUCUAGGUAUGUUGUUUCUUAUUUCUCUCCUCCUGUACACCAGUGCUACAGACACCGUAUCAAUAUCUCAAACAUCAUCAUCUAUGGGAAAAAAAAAAAACAUUUUGCUGCUUGUAAAAAAAGUUUAUGUUGAGUUCAAUUAUUACACCACAGUGGAGGGUUGCGGCAUCAGAAAGUCCUCACCUCCUUGGCUAAUGAGUGAGUUUUCAAUCAUCAUAAUCAUAUUUUGUUUUAGAUUACCUAUAUUGCCUCCCAGAGGACGCACACCAACAGUCAUUGCUCCAUGUUGCAUGACAAAAAACAGUGUCUUUGAAGAUAUGUGGUUUUCCACAGGGGCAAGUCCCCCCAAAUAAUAUUGCCAUCACUGGCCAACAUGCUGACAGGCAUCAUUAUUGCCCUGCCUUUGCCUGAUUCAACCCCCCCUCACCCCAUGUUGCAUCUGAUCAUGUAACAAGAGCUCAUGUAUGUCAUAUAACAUGUAACAGGAUCAUGCGUCACCUAACCUUAAGCAUUUUUUUUUUUUGAUUACACAUAAAAUCAUGUAUUCAUACUGGUGAAAUUAGGUUUCUUUCUUUUGUUCAACUCACCACUAAUAUACCUCAUUUAUCACCCUGGAGUUCAUUGUUUAACGGUUCUGAUUUUCUGUUAUCGUCCAACACUUUGUCCUGUCUUUUUCUCUGGAGUUUUUAAUCUGUAUGAGAGGUUUUCUGAGGAGAGGCUUUUUACUGUAAUAACAAGUGGGUUACUGGCUGCUUUUUACUCUUUGUGUACAGAAAUAAAACUUUGUAUUUGGCAAA